ACCUUGACAACACACAUGACAACUCGCACAGCUAAGAAACCUUUCACAUGUUCAACCUGUGGAAAACAUUACCCUCACAAGAGUACUUUGAUUUAUCACAUGAGAACUCACACAGGUGAGAAACCUUUCUCAUGUGGGACCUGUGGAAAAAGUUUCGCUUGUAAAAAAAGUUUAAAUGUUCACAUGAGAAUUCACACUGGUGAGAAACCUUACUCAUGUGGGACCUGUGGAAAAAGUUUGUCUGAUGAAAAAAAUUUAAAUCUUCACAUGACGAUUCACACUGGUGAGAAACCUUUCUCAUGUGGGUCCUGUGGAACAAGUUUCACUCACAAAAAAAGUUUAACUGCUCAUAUGAGAGUUCACAUGGGUGAGAAGACUAUCUCUUGUGGUACCUGUGGAAGAAAUUACUUGAAUAAAUCUAAGUUAGUUGACCACAUGAGAACUCACACAGGUGAGAAACCUUUCUCAUGUGAAACCUGUGGAAAAAGUUUCUCUUUGAAAAACAGUUUAAAUGUUCACAUAAGAACUCACACUGGUGAGAAACCUUUCUCAUGUGAGAUCUGUGGAAAAAGUUUAACUUCUAAAUAUAGCUUAACUGUUCACAUGAUGACUCACACAGGUGAGAAGCCUUUCUCAUGUGAGAUCUGUGGAAAAAGUUUAACUUCUAAAUAUAGCUUAACUGUUCACAUGAGAAUUCACAAAGGUGAGAAAACUUUCUCAUGUGGGACCUGUGGAAAAUGUUUUGCUAGAAAACGCCUUUUGCAUUUUCACAUGAAGACUCAUACAAGUGAGAAGUUUUUCUCAUGUGGGAUCUGUGGAAAAAGUUUUGUUCAAAAAUAUUCUUUAACUUCUCACAUCAGAAUUCACACAUGUGAGAAGUAGCGGUGCACUGAUUUAUAAGCCAGCUGAUUUAUGUUGAUUUUCUUAAUUUUGGGACAUCAGCUGAUUCUUGCAUGUGAAGCUGAUCUGAUCCCCCAAUUUUAUUGACCUCAGUCACUGCUCUCUUCUGGUCUCCAAUGAGAGGUGUGACUAUUGGAGCGCCCCAAAAUGAAAACUGCAAUCGGUGCACCCUUAGUGACAAGCGAGGAAAAUGUUUUGUGUAGAUCCAGUUUACUUCAUCCCAAGAAGAUUCACACAGGUUAGAAACCUUUCUGUUGUAGGUCCUGUAGAAAAGGUUUCACUCAAAACAAAUGUAACCGUUCACAUGAGAACUCGCAGGUUUGAUGGCACAAUGUGAACCUCAAGUAAGAUUCUUAGUAACCUGCUGUUUGGAAGUGGAGUAAUUGCAGGUUUGACUACUUUCAGAUUUAGACUUGUAAAAUUUUGGCUUCUUUAUUGUGCAUUUAUCCUUUGUACUUAUUUUAUUUCAAUGAUUUGGGCAAAUGGAUGUAUUUAUUUGACAUGGUUUUAA